AUGGGACUCAGCCAAGACUCCAGUAUCCCUCCAAACAUCGGCUUGGCAGCAGCGGUGGAGAGCCGCCAUCUUAACCUCUCAGGCGUCCUUCCCCCCUCUUCUCAACCUCCGUCGUCUUGCAGCAUCGACGAAUCCUAUAAGUACGUCUUCCUGCCGGUCUGCUACUCGCUGACCUUCCUCUUCAGCCUCACCCUAAACUCAGUGGUGCUGCUUCGCUCAUGCCGGCACCACGGCGGUGGGUGCUGUGGCGGUGGACGACGCUGGAACACCUCGCUCAUCUACAUGGUGAAUCUGGCCACCACCGACCUCAUGUACGGUCUGUCGCUGCCCUUCCUGGUGGCGAGCUACGUGCUGAGGGACCGUUGGGUGUUUGGAGACUUCAUGUGCCGCCUUGUUCGCUUCCUGUUCUACUUCAACCUCUACUGCUCCAUCUUCUUCCUCACCUGCAUCUCGGUGCACAGGUACCUGGGAAUCUGCCAUCCCAUGAGGACCAUCACUCUGGAGAGCAAGCGGGUGGUGAAGGGGACUUGUGCGUUGGUGUGGGUGGUGGUCUUCAUCCUCACCUGCCCCAUCUUCAGGUUUGCUCAGACUGGAUACGUCCAUCGAGGAGGGGGCGCCGUCAGUCCUGAAGGAGCGAGUGGGAGCAGGAACAUCAGUGGAGCUCCGUUUGAGGAGAAGGAGGGAUACAUGAACUGCUGGGACGACGCCAUCGAUAAGGAGUUUGCAGACUACGUCCCGUACGGCAUUGUCCUCCACCUGCUGGGCUUCUUUGUGCCCUUUGUCAUCAUCGCCUGGUGUUACUCCCAGGUGGUCAGGACGAUAUUUCAGACACUGCGCUCCCCUCCCAGCUCCAUAGAGGGUGGAGACGACGGUCCAGUUGGAGAUUGGGUGACAGAAGGGAUUAGAGACCGGGAGAGAACCUCGGUGUCCAUCUCUGGGUCACAGUACUCACACUACAUCAGACGGCGACGGAAAUCCAUCAAAACCAUCGUCACCAUCACGCUGCUGUUUGCGCUCUGCUUCCUGCCAUUCCACGUCACCCGCACGAUCUUCCUGCUCCUGCGGCGAGGGCAGCUGGGCGGCUGCAGCGCCAUGAAGAUGGUCUCAAUCUGCUACAAGGUCACCCGGCCGCUAGCAUCCUGCAACGCCUGGCUCAACGCCCUCCUCUACUUCCUGACAGGCGAUAAGGGCGCCCCCUGCUGCUGGCCUGUGGAACCCACUGUCCGCAGAGACCGGCGCAACGGCUCCCUCUGGUGGCCGUUGAAGAUCCUGAAAAAAGAGGCAGUGGGAGAGGAGGACCAGGAGGCUGCCGAGAAGGUUGAAAGGGAGGUGCACAUGGAGAACGAGUCCAAAUCUUCAAGGGUCAUCUUCUGAGGGAUUUUCCUGCCUUUUACUUUAUAAAAACACU